AAGAGCUGCAUCAGGAUGACCAAUAGGCAGCAGCAGCUUCAGUGUCAGUGUAAAGUGAAAGUAGGUGGAUAGAAAGAAAAAAAACAACAAACGCACACGGAAGGCGCAGACUUAACUCUAUAUCUCUUUACGUGUGUUAAAGAGCUGGCGUCGAAAUCAUUGCCUGCACACUAUGGCGCUGUGGGCGCAAAUGACCCCGCAGUUACAGUUCCUGUCAACUCAGAUACUGAAUGAACUCUACCCAGACACAUUCCCUCUGGACGUCAGGCACUAUUUGGCCAGCUGGAUAGAGGAACAGAAAUGGGAGAACUUUGAUGUAGACAACAUGGAGCAGGAGCCUCAGGCCCGAAGGCUGUUGGAUCAGAUGGUGCAUUUGCUGCAGGAGGUGGCCCAACACAAUCCUAACGUGGUGGAGAGAGUCAAACUACAACAUAUCAGCCGGAACUUGAGUGUGUUCCAGCAACAACCCAUGCAACUUGUGAGGACAGUUCGAGAUAUUCUAAGAAAAGAAAGACAUUUAUUAACACAGGUGGGUAUGCAAUCCAACUUCCCACCCUUCCAGCAAAUUCCUCAGGGUCCUCCAGCUACCAAUGGCACCCCACAACCUGCAAGAGAGGAUGGUAAGACUGAUGUGGACAAUCUGGUGCUCAAAGUUCUGGAAAUUCAGAACUGCCGCCAAACACUUCAUCAGCUUCAAGAGGAUUUGAACUGGGAAAAACAGGAAAUGGAGUCGAUUCAAGGUCAAAAUGAGUUGGAUCCACAGCAUUCAGAUCUAGUCACUAGGCAGAAUCGCAUACAGCAGCUUGAGUUCAACUAUUCAGUCUGUGCAAAGAAGCGCAUGCAGCUCCUUCAAGAGGCUGUGUGCGCUCUGGAGCUUUGCCAGGCCAGUCUUAUUCUCCGAAUUAAGUCCUGGAGAUGGGAACAGCACCGAGCAAGCAUUGGCUUGCACUUUGAUGACAACCUUGGCCCUCUUCAGACAUGGUGUGAGCAGUUGCUUGGAGUAAAUAGUAACCUGAGGCAGGAGCUCAUGUUGGUGAAGAGAGACCACGGAGUGGUUGAGCAGUUUCACACAUUGCAGGAAAGCCUGGCACAUGUGCUCCAGACUCUCAUACAGAAUUCAUUGGUAGUAGAUAAGCAGCCUCCCCAGGUCAUCAAAACCCAAUCCAAGUUUUCCACCACUGUACGCUAUCUGCUGGGAGAGAAGAUGGCCCCUGGGAAACCUGUCCUGUUGAAGGCUCAGAUUAUUACUGAGGCUCAAGCGAGACAAGGUGUCGUACCCAAUGAAAAUGUAGGAGAACUUAUCAACAGCACGGCAAUCUUAGAGCACAACACUGCAAGCAAGAGCACUUGUGCUACCUUUAGAAACAUGUCCAUAAGGAAGAUCAAACGAGCUGACAGGAAGGGUUCUGAGUCGGUGACGGAGGAAAAGUUCGCUUUGUUGUUUACCACAGAAUUAACCAUCACUGGCUGUGAGAGCCCUUAUAGCAUUCAGACAAUCUCUCUCCCUGUGGUUGUAAUUGUACAUGGUAGUCAGGAAAUCAAUGCUAUGGCGACCAUCAUAUGGGACUGUGCCUUCUCUGAGCCUGACAGGGUUCCGUUCGUCGUUCCAGAGCGUGUGCCCUGGAAGAAGAUGUGUGAAGCUCUUAGCAGUAAAUUCAUGUCUGAAGUGCAGACACAGCGGUGCUUGGACAGAUACAACCUUCACUUUCUUGCCCAGAAGAUCUUCGACCAGCCAGACAUAAAUGAAGAUUUCAGCAAUAUGCCAGUGUCCUGGGCUCAGUUCAACAAGGAAGUCCUGCCUGGUCGAAACUUCACCUUCUGGCAGUGGUUUGAAGGGGUGAUGGAUCUUACAAAGAAAUGCCUGAGAGACUAUUGGAGUGAUGGAUUGAUCUUUGGCUUCAUUGGAAAACAGCAUCUCCAUGUCAUCCUGCAAAACAAACCCAACGGCACCUUUCUUUUGCGCUUUAGUGAUUCAGAGAUUGGUGGCAUCACCAUCGCCUAUGUGGGUCCCAGUGAUAAUGGAGGCAGGAAAAUCCAGAAUAUCCAACCCUUCACUAAGAAGGAUCUGGAUUCAGCUGGCCUUGGCGACCGCAUACGGGACAUUAACUGCAUCACUCAUGUGUAUCCAGACUUACCAAAGAACGAAGUAUUUAAGAAAUUCUUUACAGUGCCUUCUCCCCCUAAUCCUGAUGGUUACCUACCAUUCAAACUAACAACAGUAGUCAACCCAGGAGACCAACGUUCCUCCACCGCCAACAUACCACCUGACACCCCUAUGGAUAUGUUUGGGCAGUCUAUGACCAAUGUCUAUGGGCCAAACAUGAAUCCGGCCAUUUUCUCCCCACUUCCUCAGUCUACACCUCCAUAUAUGCCAGAGCAAAUGCCUGGUCAAGGACCACUCUACCAAUCACCAAUGCAACAAGCUCCCUCAAGUGAAGAAAUAGACAUGGAAGCACUGGAGGGAAUUUUGUCAUCUUUUUGUCAAAAUACUAACAAAGAUCUUAAUUAGAGGUAAAGCAUCUGUUCUUGCUGGAAAAGGUUAUCAGAUGGCUUGGUGCUUUAAGGACAUCUAGUACAACUCCCAAAAGGACACAUUACCAAUUUGUUCCCAAAACAAGUGUAUCAGAAGAAAUGCACUUUUCUUACAUUCAUAUCCAUGAAUCAUUGGGCAGCGGGUGUCUUUAUCACAUGGAUUGUAUACAACUCUGUGUCACACUCGCUUUCUCCUGCAUAAACACACUAACCGUGCAAUUUAAAGGAACAGUGUGUUCAACUCCGUAAUCAUAGUGAAUGAUUGCUAGCAACUUUUAAAUGAAAUUUUAUGAAAUUUCUGCGAGAAUCAGAUGAACCUUUGGUCUCAUUAGCGUGUAGUACCUAAACUUGCAAGUCGUUCCCUGUUUCAGUUUUAUGACUACUUUUGAAAGUAUCAUUAUAACUGACAAGUGAAACAGGAAAUUAUUUGCUAUCACAUGGUUUUAUGAAGAGAGACCAAAUAGAUUUAGCAUGUUACACAUUUUUGUCUGCCAGAAGAUUUUGUUCCUUUAAAUUUGAUGCAGAAAAACAUAUUCCAGUAUGGAUAUUUGACCAGAGUAGAUUAGCGAUAUUUUACUCUCAGUGUCCUGAAUGAAAUGGAUUGUCUGCAGAUGCAGACACAGAUGUGAGCUGAAAUGUAUAGCAAUGUAAAAGAACGGCAUUCUUUUAGACCUUUUAGAAAUGAUAGGUUUUAUUCAACUCUAUGCAAAUAUUAGUUUUCUGCCAUAUUCCAUAUAUAGAUAGCAGUUUAUUUGGUCGUUUCAUUUGCAUGACUUGUGUGUGAUUGCAUAUUCAACAUUCAGUAUUCGUAUGAGUCUACAGUCAGAUUUGGCCAGUAAACCUAAAAAAAUUUUGAUAUUUUUUUUUUAAACGUUUUUAAAAAAGUUUUUUAAAUUACAUAUCACUAGCGAGUUUUGCUUUACUAUGCCAUGUAUCAUUUGUUCAUCCAGUUGCACAAAAUGAUAUAGCUCAGCCUCUUUUUACAUAAUCAAUGGCUAAAAGUCAUGUAAAAUACAUAUCAUGUGCACAAAAUAACAGUAAGGUUUUGUGUCAAAUGUAGACAUAAUUCUGUGUCCACGUACUCUACAGUGUUCUGUGUCACCAUUUCUGUAUUUAGUCUUUAGUGCUAAAACUCAUCAACGUCCUUAAAAUUGAAAUGUAUUAUACAGUUUCUCUACCUUAAACUGUGAUUUUUGCCAUCCAACAAUACUGCUCUAUAUCUUGUAAAAUAUAAGCUUUCAUCUUAGUGCUUUGAAUAUGAAAAUAUAUCAAAUGGAAUGUUUUUCAAAUGUGCCAUCAGUAACUGUCUGUAUGUAUUUAGUCCAGUAGGGGAGAACCACACAUUCUUCUUUCUGUUGUCUAUUCAGAUGUUCUGUCUGUAGCACUAACUGAAAAAAGUGCUAGAUAUGCACCCGCCUGAUCGAUACCUGAAAGUCUCACCAUAUUCCCGUUACUGGCCACAGAGAAGUAUAAAGCACUUACGCAUUUGUCUAUGAAAAAUGUUAACGUUGCCAUUUUUCUUUUUUAAUACAUGUGACCAAAUCUGUAAAGCAGGUAUAUAAGAUUUUCUUUUAAAAGAAAUGUUCAUAUUCCCAUGUUUUAAAUAAAGUCAAAAUUCAUUCAA